GCCUGCACGAAGUCCUCGUCAUUCAUCCAACGCUACAGUCUCCACUCUAAGACGAGAAAGGCCUCGAUUUGGAGUUCGCCUUUGUCACGAUGUUAUCCUGAUGAUUACGAACUAAUCUUGACUGGGCGAAGACAAAACGGACAUUCAAUCAAGGAAUCAAAGGAGAUUCCACUACGAGCUAGGCACGAUGGCUUCCAAACGCAAGGCAUCUGCAAUGGCGCCUGCAGUGGAAGAGCCAGUAGAUCCGGCCGAUGAGCUAUUAUUCCUGUGUCUUGGUGGCGGCAAUGAAGUCGGCAGGUCAUGUCACAUCCUUCAAUACAAGGGCAAGACUGUGAUGCUGGAUGCAGGACAGCAUGCUGGAUACGAAGGCCUCGCUUCACUUCCAUUCUACGAUGACUUCGACCUAAGUACUGUGGACCUCCUCCUGAUCAGCCAUUUCCACGUCGACCACGCAGCUUCACUGCCCUACGUCCUGGCAAAGACCAAUUUCAAAGGUCGAGUUUUCAUGACGCAUCCUACCAAGGCCAUUUACAAAUGGCUUAUCCAGGACAGCGUUCGAGUUGGUGGCGCAUCUUCUACCUCCCAACCAGUGUAUACCGAGGCUGAUCAUUUGUCAACUUUUCCAAUGAUUGAGGCCAUCGAUUACCACACCACCCAUACAAUUUCUUCCAUCCGAAUCACGCCUUACCCAGCAGGUCACGUUCUUGGAGCUGCUAUGUUUCUCAUUGAGAUUGCGGGCCUCAAGAUCUUCUUCACUGGAGACUACUCUCGAGAGGAUGAUCGACAUCUCGUCUCUGCUGAAGUGCCAAAAGGCAUCAAGAUAGACGUCCUAAUCACAGAAUCUACGUAUGGUAUAGCCUCACACGUUCCCAGAUUAGAGCGAGAGCAAGCACUCAUGAAAUCUAUUACCGGUAUCUUGAACAGAGGAGGCCGUGUCCUGAUGCCUGUCUUUGCCUUGGGACGGGCACAAGAACUUCUUCUGAUCCUGGACGAGUAUUGGGGUCGCCACCCCGAGUUUCAAAAGAUCCCCAUCUACUAUGCUAGCAAUCUAGCCCGAAAGUGCAUGCUUGUCUAUCAGACCUACGUCGGAGCUAUGAACGAUAAUAUCAAGAAACUCUUCAAAGAGCGAAUGGCUGAAGCAGAGGCUUCGUCUGACACGGCAGGCAGAGGCGGUCCCUGGGACUUCAAGUAUAUCCGGUCGUUGAAGAAUCUCGAUCGAUUCGAUGAUGUUGGGGGUUGUGUUAUGCUUGCAAGCCCAGGUAUGCUGCAAAAUGGUGUCAGCAGAGAGUUGCUUGAGAGAUGGGCCCCCAGUGACAAGAAUGGAGUCAUCAUCACUGGUUACAGUGUUGAGGGAACAAUGGCGAAACAAAUCAUGCAGGAACCAGACCAGAUCCCGGCCAUCAUGUCACGAACAAGCGGUGGAGCAAGACGGGGACCCGGUGCUGCAGAUGGAGAGAAGGUCAUGGUUCCACGAAGGUGUAGUAUCCAGGAAUUUUCAUUCGCAGCACAUGUUGAUGGUGUUGAGAAUAGAGAGUUCAUUGAGGAAGUUGGCGCUCCAGUGGUGAUCCUGGUUCACGGAGAGCAACAUAAUAUGAUGCGGCUGAAGUCCAAGCUUCUCUCUCUUAACGCUGAUAAGACAACGAAAGUAAAAGUGUACAGUCCACGAAACUGUGAGGAACUUCGGAUACCAUUCAAAGCCGACAAGACAGCAAAGGUUGUCGGCAAGCUUGCUUCCAUACCUCCCCCGAGCUCCGAGGGGAACCAGUCACAAUUUGUCACCGGAGUUCUUGUGCAGAAUGACUUCAAGAUGUCAUUGAUGGCCCCCGAAGACUUGAGAGAAUAUGCCGGCUUGACUACUACAACUAUCACCUGCAAGCAGAGGAUGACACUCAGUGCUGCUGGCAUUGAUCUGAUCAAGUGGGCCUUGGAAGGUACAUUUGGAAGUAUUGAAGAAUUGCCAGAGAGCAAAGGGAAGAAAAUGAACGGUGAUACUCAUAUGAAUGGGUCAUUUGAAGAAGCGGACGAAGAAAUUUCGAAGCAUACUUCAGCUUACUUGGUCAUGGGCUGCGUUACAGUUCGUCACAGUAAAAGCGGAAAGGUCGAGUUGGAAUGGGAGGGUAAUGUACUCAAUGACGGUAUUGCUGAUGCAGUCAUGGCUGUUCUGUUCUCCGUUGAAAGCAGCCCUGCCGCCGUGAAGCAAUCCGCAAGCAAACAUUCCCACUCCCAUGAACUUCCGGAACGAAAUCCUCAUGCAAAUAUUUCACCGGACGAAAGAUUGAAUCGACUAUUCAUGUUCCUGGAAGCACAGUUUGGAGCGGAAAACCUUAGUCCUAUCAAAGUCCCGAGGAUUAGUGCUCAGAAGACACUCACUGGAUCGUCACCGACGAUUAAGGAUGAGGGCAAUGAGGAUGGAGCUUCUGGGGACUCGGAAGACGAGGAGAGAGAACUCGACACACUCCGAGAGCGAGAAAUUGAGAGGCUGCUCAAGAUGGGCAUCCCUGUCCCUGGUGUAGAGAUCAGGGUCGAUAACAACGUUGCUAAGGUCUGGCUUGAGGAUCUGGAGAUCGAGUGUUCGUAUCGAAUGCUUGCGGAGAGAGUUCGCGUGGUGCUUGAAAGAGCAGUCGAGGUUACGGCUCCUUUGUGGGCAUGAUGAACUUGUUGAGCGAGGCCUGAAAUGGGUCUUUCGGUUCAGCUGGAGUGAAGCUCCUAAGUCCCCGCUGCAGGAGGGAAUGAUUGCAUUUGGUACUUAGAAUGCGCCUUGUCAUCUUGCCAGGCGUCACAAAUGAACAGAUAGAUGCUUCUCUGGCGGUUUGACUUAGUUAAUUGACUCGUGCCCCACAUGUUUGACCACUCUCGUGAGCUGAACUGUGGAACUGUAUUGAGAUUUGAGUUUAUGCGUUGGC